CUCUGGAAACCCUAACAUCUUCCAUAUCCGGUGUUCUUUGAUCCUUCAUGUCCUGCAAAUAAUCUCCACAUGAGCUGCAGGGAGAAGAAGCAGCUGCAUUAGUAUCUCGUCGCUCGUCUCCCGGCUUCUCCCUUAUCGACAUGAGCCGAGAGAAGCUCAAGGUUGUUGAUAACUCGUUCUGCUCUCGCUCCAUUUCCAUCCUGCUCCCUGCCAUCCUUGUCCUUUGUCUAUCCCGAUGCGCAACCUGCGCCGACGAGGAAGGUGGCGGCACCUCCUCCAACCCCGCCACGAACCAGCUCUUCACGCAGCUUGUCUACGACAGCCUCUACAACUUCACCUCCAUUUUCCGAGCCGAUAUCCAGAAAAACUUUGGAUUCUGCAUCCAAGACAUCGAUGCAGAUUGGAAUGGAGCGUUCAAUUUCUCUUCGAACACAGGUUUCUUGACUGCUUGCGCUCAGAGAAUGAAAGGGGACGUGAUGCGUCGAGUAUGCACAGCGGCAGAAAUAAAAUUCUACUUCAACAGCUUCUUUGGUUCAGCCAAGAGGUCCAGUAAUUAUCUAAAGCCCAACAAGAACUGCAACCUCACCUCAUGGGUCCAGGGAUGCGAGCCGGGUUGGGCCUGCAGCGUGGGCGAUGGGCAGAAGGCCGACAUCAGGAACUCCAAGGACGUCCCCACCCGGACCGAGGACUGUACCACCUGUUGUGAAGGCUUCUUCUGCCCCCACGGGAUCACUUGCAUGAUCCCUUGCCCCUUAGGUUCUUACUGCCCCAUGGCGAAACUCAACAAGGCUACUGGUAUUUGCGAACCGUACAAGUACCAAUUACCGCCUGGGCAGCCGAACCACACGUGCGGGGGAGCAGACGUGUGGGCGGAUGUGGGUAGUAGCAGUGAGGUAUUCUGCUCGGCAGGAUCAUACUGUCCCUCUACUGUCCAAAAAAUUUCUUGCAGUAAGGGGCACUAUUGCAGGACUGGUUCCACUAAUGAACAGACUUGUUUCCAGUUUGCAAAGUGCGAACCAAUAUCGGCGAAUCAAAAUAUUACAGCUUAUGGCCUCAUGCUUUUCCUGGGAUUAGGCGUUCUUCUUGUUGUGAUAUAUAACUGUUCCGAUCAAGUUCUUGCCACCAGAGAAAGAAGGCAGGCGAAAUCCCGAGAAAAGGCCGUGAGAAGUGUGAGAGAGACUGCCCAGGCUCGGGAGAAAUGGAAGUCUGCUAGAGAUAUAGCGAAGAAGCAUGCAAUUGGGCUCCAGACACAGUUGUCCCGGACAUUCUCCAAGAGGAAAUCCACAAGGGGCCCUGAGUUUUUGAGAGGCCUCAGUCAGGCAAAGCCUGGUAGUGACGCUGCCUUACCACCAAUGCCAGGUGGGGCCGAAACUUCCAAGGGGAAGAAGAAGGAUAAGGAGAAGAGCAACCUCACCAAGAUGCUGCAAGAGAUCGAGGACGAUCCAGAGAGCCACCAGGGGUUUAACUUGGAGAUUGGAGAUAAGAAUUUAAAGAAGAAUGCGCCGAAGGGAAAGCAACUUCACACACAAAGUCAGAUAUUCAAGUAUGCCUAUAACCAGAUCGAGAGGGAGAAGGCUAUGCAGGAGCAAAAUAAGAACCUAACCUUCUCAGGUGUGAUCUCAAUGGCAACUGAUGUCGAAAUUCAGAAGAGGCCUACUAUAGAGGUUGCAUUCAAGGACUUGACCCUUACCCUGAGGGGGAAGCAUAAGCGUCUUUUACGAUGUGUGACUGGGAAGAUAUCGCCUGGUCGAGUUUCAGCUGUUAUGGGCCCAUCCGGGGCAGGGAAGACAACGUUCCUCUCUGCCUUGGCUGGGAAAGCAACGGGAUGCACGAUGGAGGGUACAAUCCUUAUAAAUGGAAAGGUGGAAUCAAUCCAUUCAUACAAGAAAAUUAUAGGUUUCGUGCCACAAGAUGAUAUCGUGCACGGAAACUUAACUGUGGAGGAAAAUCUUUGGUUCAGUGCCAGAUGCAGAUUGUCUGCUGAUCUACCUAAGCCCGAGAAGGUUCUAGUUGUUGAGAGGGUUAUCGAAUCCCUAGGCCUCCAGGCGGUUCGUGAUUCUCUAGUCGGGACAGUCGAGAGGCGAGGGAUUUCAGGAGGGCAAAGGAAACGUGUGAAUGUUGGUUUGGAAAUGGUCAUGGAGCCUUCGCUUCUGAUAUUAGAUGAACCGACUUCGGGUUUGGACAGUUCGUCUUCCCAGUUGUUGCUCAGAGCACUCCGACGUGAAGCCCUCGAAGGGGUUAACAUCUGUAUGGUCGUGCAUCAACCGAGUUACACCCUAUACAAAAUGUUUGAUGAUCUAAUACUUUUAGCGAAAGGAGGCCUCACGGUUUACCAUGGUCCCGUGAAGAAAGUUGAGGAGUACUUCUCAGGCCUUGGAAUUGUUGUACCUGAGAGAAUCAACCCUCCAGACCACUACAUUGAUAUACUAGAGGGCAUACUCAAGCUAAACACGAGCACGGGGUUGAACUACAGACAACUUCCCGUCCGGUGGAUGCUCCAUAAUGGUUAUCCCGUCCCACCCGACAUGCUCAAGCUCAUAGAUGGGGCUUCAUCUCAAGCAGGAGAAGGUUCUGCUCAUGGAGGCAAUAACGCUGAAGGGGCUGCUGAAGAACCCUCCUUUGCAGGAGACCUGUGGCGAGAUGUGAAGUGUAAAGUCGAGUUGAAGAAGGAUAAUUUACAUCAUAACUUCUUGAGGUCAAAAGACUUAUCCGAUCGGUUAACUCCCAGUGUGCUUCAACAAUACAAGUACUUCCUCGGAAGAGUCGGUAAGCAGAGGUUACGAGAGGCAAGGAUCCAAGCAGUAGAUUACUUGAUUCUGUUGUUGGCAGGAGUCUGUUUAGGAACGCUCGCUAAAGUGAGCGACGAGACCUUUGGGGCCCUCGGUUACACUUACACAGUUAUCGCAGUUUCCUUGCUUUGCAAGAUUGCAGCUUUGAGAUCGUUUUCACUUGACAAGUUACAGCACUGGAGAGAGAGCGCUUCAGGGAUGAGCAGCCUCGCUUACUUCCUGGCCAAGGACACAAUCGACCAUUUCAACACAAUCAUAAAACCUCUGGUCUAUCUCUCCAUGUUUUACUUCUUCAAUAAUCCCCGAUCAUCCUUUGGGGACAACUACGUAGUUUUGCUCUGUCUCGUGUACUGCGUGACCGGGAUUGCCUAUGCGUUCGCAAUAUUUUUUGAGCCCGGUCCUGCACAACUGUGGUCGGUCCUUCUACCAGUCGUUUUGACUCUCAUAGCAACGCGCAAUAGCCAUAAUGAUUUCGUGGAGGUGAUCGGCAACAUAUGCUACCCAAAGUGGGCACUCGAAGCGUUCGUAAUCGCAAAUGCUAAGAGAUACUCUGGAGUGUGGUUGAUUACUCGAUGCGGGUCCCUGAUGGCUAGUGGUUACGAUCUCAACAACUGGGCUCUCUGUUUAAUCUUCCUUGUCCUCACCGGAAUGGUGAGCCGCUGCAUUGCCUUCAUCUGCAUGAUCCUCUCCCAGAAGAAAUAGAUUCUGUUGAUGAUGUCAGAUUCCGGUAAAAGACUUGGGGAUCAAACUCGAGCCCUCGUGGCACUUCAAAGAACUCUGAAAGCAGCUGAUGCCGGUCACUGAGAUGAUAAAAGGGCUCCCAAGAAUCCCAAUACAUCGGGCCAUUUCUUGAUAAGCAAACGUUAAGGCCCUAUGGAGCUUCUUUUCUUCUAAGCUUUGUCCGAAUGAUCUUAGUUAUACACGUAUCAUCUGUCGGCUAAUGUGAUAUGCAUCGGCAGGAUUCUGUACAAAAAUAGGAAAUCUACAGAGAAGAUUUUAGCACACCUCUUUUUUUGCAGGCAAAGAGCCUUCGAGAAUUUGAAAUUUUGAUGAAUGCAUUGAUUUGACUAAUUUUCCAGGUUGUAACUAUGCCAUUAGUCAAGGAUUUGAUUAUUA